AUGGCAAAUAACAAUUCACUGGUUGGUACUGAGUCCUUCCGGCGUCAGACCAUCAACCAGGUCAUUAUUGUUCAGAUCUUGGUAAUAAUUUUUCUCUGCAUCAACUUGGUGCAAAUUGUAACCUUUUUUAAAAAGGAGUAUUUCUACACAACUGCUCGCUACAUCUUAUUUGCUGUUACAUUACUGUCAGACAGUUUUUUAUUGUUCAUGUCUGAUAUCCUGCUCAUCUUGACCCAUUCUCAUUUUGCCAUUCAGGUUUGGUCAUGUGCUGUUACCUGUGCUGUGCUACUUCUUUAUACUACAGUCACACCAGUUACUUUGACAGCCAUGACCGUAGAACGCUAUGUAGCCAUUUGUAUGCCCCUGCGUCAUGGAGAGCUCUGCUCCACACGCAGCACUAUGCAUUGUAUCCUCAUCAUUCAUGGCCUCAGCUCUGUGCCCUGCUUUGUUAUUCUCUCCACCUUCUUUGCAUCAGCAUCUCUUAGCUUCUACAAACAAUAUCAGAUAUGUUCAGUGGAGAUUUUUAUAUUUUACGUGUGGCAGCAUCAUCUUAGAUCAGCUGUGUAUCAACUCCAGUUUUUGAUUAUGUGCAUCAUCAUUGUUUUCUGCUAUGUGAAAAUAAUGAAAGUGGCCAAAGCUGCAUCAGGAGAGGAUAAAAAGUCAACAAAGAAAGGGCUCAGAACAGUGCUUAUUCAUGGUUUUCAGCUGCUGCUCUGUCUCAUCCAGCUGUGGACUCCAUUCAUAGAGACUUCAGAUUUACUUCUACAGCUUGAUUUUAGAUUAUAUAUAGAUGUCAGGUACAUUAACUACAUAAUGUUUCAUCUUGCACCAAGAUGUUUGAGUCCUCUCAUUUAUGGCCUCAGAGAUGAAGUUUUUUGUCAUGCAUUGAAAAUGAAUGUCUCCUUUGGCUUGUAUAAAAGAAAUAUUGUUUGA